AAGUAGAACGAGAAGUAUCUGGGCAAGUACCGGCGGAACGUGGUUAUUUAGUUUUUUAUCUAUAAUUAGUCGUAUUCUCAUUUUAAUUCCGUCUUGUAGUGGGCUUUGUCCCGACGCUGCGGUUAUUAACGGAAACAAAGCGAAGCAUCAACUCAGAACGAGCUCGGCUCUUGUUCAUCGUCUAGAUUCUCUUUAAAAAGCAGCCGAUUUUCGUUUCAAAUGUCGCAGUAACCCACCAGGAGAGACACCAAAGUUGGCUGCGAAGAUGGACGUCCGGUUGCUGUUGAUGCUGUGGCUGUCAGCCGUUCUGCGGAGCAGUGGAGCGCAGCAAGAGGGAAGCAUCUGCAUCAAGGCCAACACACAGUCCUGUGGAGAAUGUAUUCAAGUGGCCGAGUCCUGUGGGUGGUGUUCAGACGUGGACUUUCUCACCGUGGGCGAGUCCAAGUCGGCCCGCUGUGAUGACCUGGAGUCGCUGAAGAAGAGAGGUUGCUCUGAAGUUGAGAACCCACGUGGAAAAAUUGUCAUUAACCAGGACAAACCAGUGACCAACCGCAAGGAUAAGACUGGGACUCUGAAGCCUGAGGACAUCACUCAGAUCCAGCCACAGAAGCUCACACUGACCCUCAGAUCAGGUGAAGCUCAGACGUUCAACCUGAAGUUCAAGCGUGCUGAGGACUACCCCAUCGACCUGUACUACCUGAUGGACCUCUCCUUCUCCAUGAAAGAUGAUCUGGAAAAUGUGAAGAACCUUGGCACUGACCUGAUGACAAAAAUGAAAAAGAUCACCUCAGACUUUAGGAUUGGGUUUGGAUCCUUUGUGGAGAAGACGGUCAUGCCUUACAUCAGCACCACACCGGCCAGGCUCAAAAACCCCUGCGCUGGUAACCAGAACUGCACCAGUCCCUUCAGCUACAAGAACGUCCUGAAGUUGACCAGCAACGGGGACGAGUUCAACCAGCUGGUCAGUCAGCAGCAGAUCUCAGGGAACCUGGACUCUCCAGAGGGGGGCUUCGACGCCAUCAUGCAGGUGGCUGUCUGUGAGGAACACAUCGGCUGGAGGAACGUGACUCGUCUGCUGGUGUUUUCCACCGACGCUGGUUUCCACUUCGCCGGUGACGGAAAACUGGGCGGCAUCGUCCUCCCCAACGACGGGAAGUGUCACCUGCAGAACAACAUGUACACCAUGAGCCACUACUACGACUAUCCCUCCAUCGCUCAUCUGGUCCAGAAGCUGAGUGACCACAACAUUCAGACCAUCUUUGCUGUCACUGAAGAAUUCCAGCCUGUGUAUAAGGAGCUGAAGAACCUCAUCCCUAAAUCAGCUGUGGGAACGCUGUCCUCCAACUCCAGCAACGUGAUCAAACUGAUCAUUGAUGCUUACAACUCUUUGUCGUCUGAGGUCAUUCUGGAAAACGGCCGUCUGCCAGAGGGCGUGUCCAUCACCUACAAGUCUGUCUGUAAGAAUGGAGUGGAGGGAACAGGGGAGAACGGCAGGAAGUGCUCCAACAUCUCCAUCGGUGACGAGGUGUCCUUCGUCAUUUCCAUCGAGUCUCAGAAGUGUCUGGAUCACGGCAAACCUGAAGUCAUUAAGAUCAAACCCCUGGGCUUCACCGAGGAGGUGGAGGUGGUCCUCAACUUCAUCUGCGACUGCCAGUGCGCCGUCGACGGAGAGGGCAACAGCAAGAAAUGCUCCGAGGGCCACGGCACCUUUGAGUGUGGAGCCUGCAAGUGCAACGAAGGUCGCAUUGGACGUAUUUGUGAGUGCAGCAAGGACGAAGUCCGCACCGAGGACCUGGACGCCAACUGCAGGAAGGACAACGGUACUGAAAUCUGCAGCAACAACGGCGACUGCGUCUGCGGCACCUGUGAGUGCAAGAAGCGAGAGAAUUCAGCCGAGGUGUACAGCGGGAAGUACUGUGAAUGUGACAACUUCAACUGUGACCGCUCCAGCAACAAGCUGUGUGGAGGACACGGACGCUGCGUCUGCAGGAAGUGUGUCUGUGACGCCAACUACACCGGCAGCGCCUGUGACUGCUCCCUGGACACCUCCACCUGUCUGGCCAAGAACGGACAGAUCUGUAACGGACGGGGAACCUGCGAAUGUGGGAACUGCAAGUGCACUAACCCAAAGUUCCAGGGUCCCACCUGUGAGAUAUGUCCCACCUGCCCCGGCGUCUGCACCGAGCACAAAGACUGUGUGCAGUGUCGAGCGUUUGAGGCCGGUGAGAAGAAGGACACGUGUGAGCGGGACUGCAGCUACUUCCAGCUGAUCAAGGUGAAGGACCGCGACAAGCUGCCGCAGCCCACCGACCAGAGCUUCCCCCUGACUCACUGCAAAGAGCGGGACGCCAACGACUGCUGGUUCUACUACACCUACGCCAUCAGGAACGACACCAAGGAGGUCUACGUGGUGGAGAACCUGGAAUGCCCGGCUGUACCGGACAUCGUCCCCAUCGUGGCAGGAGUGGUCGUGGGCAUCGUGCUGAUCGGCCUGGCGCUGCUGCUCAUCUGGAAACUGCUGAUGAUCAUCCACGACCGUCGGGAGUUCGCCAAGUUUGAGAAGGAGAAGAUGAACGCCAUAUGGGACACGGGUGAGAAUCCAAUCUACAAAAGUGCUGUAACAACUGUGGUCAAUCCAAAGUAUGAGGGCAAAUGAUGGAGCGUGGCCCUCUCUGUGACAACACUGUACAGGCCGGAGAGGAGUGGGCGUGGUCUAUGGAGGGGUGGGGUUUUAUGCUCUCACUGUUUGUUUUCAUUUUUUAGUUGUUUUUUUUGUUGUUGUAGUUGUAGCCACCAAAUCAUAGCAUUGCAUUUUUGCCACUAUUUCUGUUUUUUGUACUAACGUGGUUUACUUUCUAUGCAUUGUCUGAAUGUGUACAGUCUGUGUCAAAACCAGUGUGGGGGUGGGGCGGGUGACUUGUGUGUCUGAAGUGUUGGGAACUGAGCAGUAGCAGAAAGUCUCAGUGAGACGUGGACUUCUAGAAAUAUAAAGAAGUCAGUGUUUAGUGGAGGGUUUGUGUUGGAUGUUGAUGAUGGAGGUGAGGGGGGAGGAGACAAUCAUUCAUUAAAGAAACCUGAACAGUCGAUGUAGUUUUCAAAUUUAAACCCUUCAGAUGUAGAAUGUGACCGCUUUUUGAUGAACCACGGCCAGGAACCUGUCUGUGACCCACUGAUUGGAUCCUCUGCUGACAGAUGUUUGUUUUGAGGACCACAUGAUCAGAAUGUCAGAAUCUUCUGGACUGGUGGUGGACAUGGUACAUUUAGUCCAGUCCAGUGUUCUGACAUGUGGGUCAACCACAGAACAUUUGCAGGUCGUCAGGUUGUUUUCUGGUCUGACGUACCUUUGUGUCCCUAUAACCAUGUGACCUGCGAAGACGCCGGUGUCUUUGGGUUGAUCUCCACCGUGGCGUCUAUUGAGUUUGACUGACAGACGGUUGUGUCCAGUGUGUGAAGCCAUAUCUGUGUCCACAGAUUUUCCUGAACAAUCAAAUAAUGGAGUGAAAUCUCUUCUCUCGCUGCCUCUCUGCUGAAAUGCAUCAGUGUUCAGUACUUUUACUUUUUGGCUUUACUUAUCUUCAACUUUACUGAAUUUUAAAACCAACUCAGGUCCUGAACACCAAAUAUGCAGAACCUAUUAUUUUUUUAUUGCUUUUAAUAAUUCCUGUCUUACUUGUGGAACAUGAAUAGAGGAAAAGCUCUGAGUUUUAAUCUUUUUUUUUUUUUACAUGUAAUUUCAUCUAAGCCAUGUGUGUGCCAGUGUCUUGAACAAACUGUUUUUUAUUGAAGAUAAAAAAUUACCAAUUUAAAAAGUUAUGACUUAGGAAAAAAGAAAGUAAAAGAGAAUUUUGGAUAUUUGUUUAAAAAAUAACUGACAGAUUUGUUUUUUUAAGUGCCUUCAUAAUUUCGACGACAGGCACAUUUCCAGGUCUGCCUUUUGAAAUUAUUUAUUAAAUAAACCUUUUAAACGAUU